GUUCAAGAUUUCUUUUCCGGUUCAUCCAGUCCAACCAACCAACGUUCCAGUAUUUGGUAGACUGACUGUAAAGAUGGUAGAUGAAGCUGGUGACAGGGAUGAUUCCUCUAAUGUUGCCAUUAUUAGGGAGGUAUAUGAUAAUGAAAACGCACACGAGACAUUUGAAUAUGAGUUAGAGAGAGCAUUAGAAUCUGAAUGUAGUUUAAUAGUUAUUGAACCAUCUAAACUGGGUGAUGAAACCUCCAGAUGGAUAGCAGUGGGAAAUUGUCUUCAUAAAACUGCAGCAUUAUCAGGCCUCGCAGCUAUAACCACAGGUUUGAUCUGGGGCGACCGGCCCUACUUUUGUGGUCCACUAGGUUUCAUAUCUGUGAUAUCCUGUGGGCUUUAUACAGUUUCAUGGCAGUUUGAUCCUUGUUGCCAAUAUCAAGUGGAGACUGACACAAGUAAGCUGCCGCAUGUAGAGUUACUAGCACUUUUAGGACCGUCAGCUCCAACAUUUCUUGUCAGAAAAGAUGAUACAAGAAGAAGAAUUCUUCAUACGACUAUUACAUUAAUAGCACUCGGUAUCAGUGCCUGGAGAGUUUACCAGGCGUUUAAAUGAAAUGCUUACUGUCCAAUAAGGAAAAAUCUGAGUUGUAAAAAGCAGUAAGGUAGGCCGUACGAUGUAUUGUAUAUGAUCGUAAUGAGGCCUAGCAUAGAAGUCUGUGAAUUACAAUUUUAUGUAUAUUAAUGGGGAUUGUUGAGUCACGAAAAUCUGUUUCUGUUCGAUAUUUACAUUUUUUUUAUGUUCUGACACUACCUCACAGGUGGAUGCUGAUUUUACAAUAAAAAAAAGAGGAAACUACGUAACGAGGCAAAUUAAGGGAAACCUAUUCUAAAACUAUUUCUAUUCUCCAAUGUAAUAUUUCUUAGAACUCCACAUUGUUACUCUAUGAUCUCCAUCUUGUUGAUUAUACCACAGUUAAUAUUAACACAAAAAAAGACACAGUCAUAUUCAUGCAAUCACUUAAGUGAUACAACUACUGAUGUAAGUGUUCUUAGAAUUACGCAAAAUUGCAACCUUACACCUGGAAAGUUGGAUCUAGAACUAUAUAUUUUUAGAUUGUAAAUAAAGUAGAUAGAAUACACUGCACAUAAUAUAUUGAAGAGAAUGUUGCCUACAUUUUCUCCCAGUGGUGCACCCCACAUUUUAAAGAAUUGUAAUAUCCACAGGAAAACGAUAUAUCUCUUUAAGUAUAUUAUUAUUUUGGCAAGCAUCAUAUAACACUUAUAUCAUGCGAUAUAAAAACACAUGGACUAUAAAAAAUAAACGUCACAAACAUUCCUGUAAAUUAAUAAUGAUAAAUACAUAUUGUAUGUUAUGCAACGUGAAAAUAUUCUGGAGGAACGUUGAGUUCAAUAGAUCGUAAAAUUCUUGCAUCUAUUUGUACAUAGUUACGUGAAAACUAAGCAACAUCUUCUACAAUAAUUAUUAUUUAACUAUACAGCAACCAUAUCUUAAAAUUGUUAUCUACAUCGCCAGCAAAAGAUCUGCUACUUUCAAAAUAUUGAGAACUGUGCAUCUUUUUUUUUAA